CGUUUGGGAUUGAGACGCGCGAUUACGACAACCUCACAUAACGGUCCACACACUCAAGAGACUGGACUCCAUCUGCAAUAAAGCCAUUGAUCUCUCAAUCUGAAACAGAAACAUGGGAAGAAAAACUUGAGACAAGAGGUGGAGUUCGACACUCACCAUGGCUGCCCAUCGCAUCCGAUCAGCGAACAACAACACUGUGCUCCCUCGCUGCAGAUCUGAGGGCGCACUUAUCGAUCACAGUGAAGGAGUGUCAGAGGCCACCCUUACAGCGCCUUCUCCUAGCGCCUUACGACUGGAUGUUACCUCAUUUGGAGCAGUCAAGGAAGUCAUUGCCAUUAAGGAUUACUGUCCGUCCAGCUUUACCACUCUUAAGUUCUCAAAGGGAGACUGUCUUUAUGUUAUAGACACAUCGGGUGGAGAGUGGUGGUAUGCACACAACAGUAAAGAAAUGGGAUACAUCCCAGCAGCCUAUGUCCACCCAAUCAAUUAUCGAGACUCGUCGUUCAGUGAUAGUGGUAUGAUUGACAGCCUAGGUGACAUUUCUGAGGGAGUGAAAGAAAUGGACAUCUCAGGGGAGUGGCCGGGGUCCUCCAAAACCACAGAAUCUAGAAAUGAAAAUCCUUUUGUUAAUAAACGGAUGUCAACUAACCCUUUCCUAAAUGGCACGGUGCAAGGCACCUCUGACCAAAACAGUAAGCAUAAUUUAGCAAAUGCUUUGUGUUUUGAUAAUCUCUCACUUCCCAUCUCAAACACCAGCAGCACUGUUAACAUUAAUGGCUUUGAAAGUGGGCUCUUUGACACACAUUUUAGUCCCGGCUCAGGGAUCGGUCCAAAUCUUCACCGAAACAAUUCGAUUUGUAGGAGCAAGCGCUGCUACAGCAUGUCAGAGCUGUCUGUCCUACAGUCCUUGUCUGAUGGGAAUCAAGGUUCCUUGAGUUUUUUUGGUGGCAUGAAGUCACCUAAACCUGAGCAUUAUCAAAGUAAAGAGGAUUUCAAAACGGCAUGGCUAAAUCAUCGUAAACUUACGCGAUCCUGCCACGACCUGGACUCCAUUGGACAAAACCCAGGUUGGGGGCAAACCCAGCCAAUAGAGACCAACAUUGUGUGCAAUCUGGACAGUGCUGGCGGUGCCGUGCAGCUACCAGAUUCCAGUAUCAGCAUACAUAUCCCUGAGGGCCAUGUUGCACCUGGUGAGACUCAACAGAUAUCGCUGAAGGCCCUUCUGGACCCACCAUUGGAGCUCAACAAUGAUAGAUGUACUACUGUAAGUCCAGUGGUAGAAGUAAAACUCAGUAACAUGGAAACCAAGACCCCAGUCACUUUAGAGAUGAAAGUGUCUGUUGUAGUGAAGAUAGAGAGCCGCAAUACCACAGAGGUGGUGUGCGUAAGAAGCGACUUCAAAGAAGGUCCAUAUGUCUCGAUCCCACAUGCAUACAUGUAUGGAGACACGGUUCAAGUGACUCUGGACAAUUUAGAACCUUGCAUGUAUGUCUCUGUGGUUGCCCAAGCACAAACUGUGGCCCCAUACAACACGGUGUGGGAACAUGUCGUAAAAAAGGUCACUCUUGGGGUAUACGGGCCAAAACACAUCCACCCAUCCUUCAAGACAGUGGUGGCCAUUUUUGGCCACGACUGCGCCCCGAAUACGUUGCUAGUGAGCGACGUAAAAAAGCACUCACACUCUACUCCACCUGUUGUCCUCCAGCUCUGGGGAAAGCAUCAGUUUGUACUAACAAAACCUCAAGACCUUCAAGUUGGCGUGUAUUCGAACAUGUCUAAUUUUGAAGUAAAAGCCAAUGAACAGGCAAGAACCGUGAGGGGAUUCCAGAUCAAACUCGGCAAAGUUGCCCGUCUCGUCUACAUGAUUGCAGCCCGGGAUUCUACUGACAUUUUAGAUUUUACUUUGCGAAUUCAGGUCAAAGAUGAUAAGGACUGUAUCCUGGCCCAGUUUUGCGUUCAGACCCCAACCCCACCACCAAAAACAAGCACAAGCUCCGCUCAAAGGCGCUUCCUAAAGAAAAAGGAAGUGAGCAAAAUUGUACUGUCUCCUCUUGCAGCGACCACAAAGUACCCUGUGUUUCAGGACAGACUAGUCAAAAACAUGAAAUUUGCUAAGUUGCUUAAAACUGUUAUAAGACAGUCCAAAAGCCUGUAUUUGCUAGAGUAUCUUAAAGGAGAUGUGAUGGCUCUUUUGAGUGAGGAAAAAAUUAAAUUUAAAGGACAUCUAUGGACCAAAGAGUGGUACAUCGGAUAUUACCAUGGAAGAAUUGGGUUGGUGCAUGCAAAAAACAUUCUAAUCAUGGGAAAAGUGAAACCUGUUCAUUUCAAAGGGCCUGAUCUUAUGACUACAGUCCUUUUAGAACAGAUCCUGAAGCCCUGCAUGUGCCUGACAUACAUCUACGCAUCAGUGCGAACGAUAUUGAUGGAGAACGUGGCGAGUUGGAGAGCAUUUGCUGAUGCCUUGGGCUACAUCAAUCUGCCUCUGGCACAUUUCUGUCGGACAGAGCCGGGCAGUGAGCCUGAAAAAGUGGCUUGUGUUCUCGAGAAGCUUAAGGAAGACUGCAACGCAGCUGAGGGCAAGGAGAGGAAGUCUUUCCAGAAGGAACUCAUGAAGGCUCUUCUGAAGAUGGACUGUCAGGGCCUGGUGGCACGGCUGGUCAUGGACUUUGUGCUGUUGACCACAGCGGUGGAGGUUGCGGGACGCUGGAGGGAGCUUGCUGAGAGACUGGCUAAAGUGUCCCGGCAGCAGAUGGAAGCAUAUGAAGCUCCACACAGGGACAGCAGAGGACAACUGGACAGCGAGGCUAUGUGGAAACCUGCCUAUGACUUCCUGGUCACAUGGGCAGCCCAGAUUGGGGACAGUUACAGGGAUGUGAUUCAGGAACUUCACACUGGAUUGGACAAAAUGAAGAACCCCAUCACCAAGCGCUGGAGACAUAUCACUGGCUCCCUCGUCCUUGUCAACUGUCUGGAUCUCCUACGGAGCUCCGCCUUUAGCCCCUCCCCUCAAGAUGACUGUGCCAUAUAAGGACUGCCUACACCAACUGACUUUUACAAGACCCAGAUACACCUGAUUUCAAUUUAUAUUCCUAAAGGGCCCCUAUUAUGCUCAUUUACAGGUUAAUAAUUUUGUUUAGGGGGUCUAGAAUAAAAUUACAUGAUUAAAUGUUCAAAAAACUCAUUUUUCUUUUAAUUUACAUAGGCACC